CCAGCGCCCGCUCCCUCACCCCGGCCUUCGGGUGGAUCCGCCACAGGAGCCGAAGGAGGAUGAUGGCUUAUCGUUACUCCCUGCUGGUGCUGUGGCUGCAGCUGGAUCGGGCCCUGUCUCUCAGCUCCAGCGACCCCAACGUCUGCAGCUACUGGGAAAGUUUCACCACCGUCUCCAAGGAGUCCUUCGUGCAGCCCUUCACCCAGGAGUCUCCGGAGCCCUGCAAAAGCCCAGCGUGGCUUCGGACGAAGAGCUGCCCUCAGUACAGAGUCCUGUACAAGACGGCCUACCGCCAAGGCAUCAAAGUGGAGUACCGGAGGCGCUAUCACUGCUGCCAGGGCUUCUACGAGAGCAGCGACGCCUGUGUCCCUCGGUGUGCCCAGGAGUGCGUGCACGGCCGGUGUGUGGCCCCAGACCAGUGCCAGUGCGAGCAAGGCUGGAGGGGCACAGACUGCUCCAGUGAGUGCAGCGACCGAUCCUGGGGGCCCACCUGCCAAAGCCCCUGCACGUGCGUGAACGGAGGCAGCUGUGACCCCCUGACUGGGGCCUGCACUUGCCCCCCUGGCUACCGUGGGCAGGAGUGCCAAGAGCCCUGUGCCACGGGGACCUAUGGCCAAGGGUGCCAGCUGGAUUGCCAUUGCCAGAACGGAGCAUUCUGCAGCCACAGGGACGGCGCCUGCUUCUGCUCUCCCGGCUAUGCUGGGCCACACUGCGAGAUCCUCUGCCCCAACAGCACCCACGGAUUCCAGUGCCCAGCCUACUGCCCCUGCCAGAAUGGGGGUGUCUGCCAUCCCCCCUCCUCCAGCAAAUGUGCCUGCCCUCCUGGAUGGAUGGGCGACAUCUGCUCCACCCGGUGCCCCAUUGGCCGCUUCGGUUCCAGCUGCCAGGAAGAGUGCCGGUGCCACAAUGGAGGCCGGUGCAAUCCUGAUUCGGGCCAGUGCCGGUGUGCUCCAGGCUACCUGGGAGAGGAAUGCCGCGAGAUGUGUCCCAUCGGCAAAUACGGCCAGGACUGCCAAGAGACCUGCGACUGCACCAACGGGGGCCACUGUUUCCACAUCAGCGGGGGCUGCUUGUGUGAAGCCGGGUUCUAUGGCAGCCGCUGCGAGGAGCGGAAGUGUCUCCCCGGGCUGUACGGCCUCAGCUGCCAGUUUCCUUGUCUCUGCGACCCUCAGCACACGCAGAGCUGUCACCCCAUCUCUGGGGAAUGCGCCUGCAAGGCAGGGUGGGCCGGCCUGUACUGCAACGAGACGUGUCCCCAUGGAUCCCACGGCCUCCGAUGCCAGGACCCCUGCCUGUGCCUGAAUGGGGGCACUUGUGAUGGGGAGACGGGCCGCUGCAACUGCCCACCAGGCUACACCGACAAGCACUGCUCCAGCCCCUGCCCGGACGACACUUUUGGGGUGAACUGCUCUCAGGAGUGCAGCUGCCGUAACGCCUUGGGCUGUUCUCCCGUGGAGGGGACCUGUUUCUGCAAGGAAGGCUGGCAGGGAGUGGACUGCUCUGCCCCCUGCUCUUCAGGCACCUGGGGGGCCGGUUGCAACCAGACCUGCCUCUGUGCCAACGGAGCAACCUGUGAUCCCAUCGACGGAGGAUGCACCUGUGCGGCUGGGUGGCAAGGCAGUCAGUGCACGCAGCCAUGCCCGGGCUGGUUCUACGGCCUGGGAUGCAAUCGGAAGUGUUCCUGUGAAAACGCCGCUGGCUGUGACCCCGUCUCCGGACGAUGCCGCUGCCUGCCUGGGUGGAAAGGAACCCGUUGCAGCCAGCUGUGUGCGGAGGGCCUGUGGGGGGAGCAGUGCCGCCAGCUGUGCUCCUGCAAGAAUGGGGCCAGCUGUUCCCCCAAGGAUGGCAUCUGCGAGUGCGCCCCAGGCUUCCGGGGGCCCACCUGCCAGCGGCCCUGCCAACCGGGCCGUUAUGGCAAGAAGUGCUCCGUGCCCUGCAAGUGUGCCAACCACUCCAUCUGCCACCCCGUGGACGGCUCCUGCGACUGUCCGCCUGGCUGGACGGGAAGAGACUGCACAAGACGCUGCGCUUCCGGCUUCUUUGGCAGCAAUUGCACCUCCCGAUGCCACUGCCAGCACGGGGCCCUCUGUGACCCAGGCACAGGGUCCUGCUCGUGCCCCUCAGGCUACACUGGUGCCCACUGCGAGACCAGAGGGUUACAGAUUGCUCCUGGGGUCUGCGGAGGGCAAAAUUGA